AAACUCCCACGGUUUAUAAGGUCUUUGCGUAUGUUCUCGCUCGCAGAGCGCAUCUCCGCUCAAGACAUACUACAUGUGUCUGUGAUAAACCAUUAUCUUCAAUUUUCAAAACUGCAACAUAAAUAUGAAUUUAAAAAUUCCAAUUAUAUUCCUUUUCGGAUGUACCUUCGCGGCACUUAAAACGGAAGCAGCGCUGCAUGAAAACCUUCUCGCAGACGAAACAAAUACAUUUGAAGAAACGGACGAUCUUAAAACUGCAGCCAAUGCGUGGUACAUUUACUCUAACUUUGAUAGAAACUACCCUGACGGUUCUAGCAACGUAUACAGACACGGAUUCGUAACUGGGUUCGAAAAUUAUCCAAGUGGAAAUAACUACGGCAGAUAUUCAGGUUACAGCAGUAACGUCGGUAAUGGAGGCUACGGAGGAUACAGCGGCAAUGGUGGUCUCGCAUCUUACUACGGUUACAAAAACCCCUAUUAUGAAGCAGCUAAUCAUUUAGGCUACGGAUACUACAAGAAACCUGGUUACGGAAACAUUUAUAACAAUGGCAUCACCCCUAGUUUGGUAACAGGAUACAGAGGAUAUUCAUAGUGAUAAAAAUACACCUUCAAUUUGUAAAAUAAUUAUUACCAAAGUUUUCCCAAAAAACCGUUGUACCGAAUAAUUUAAUUUAUUUAUUAUUUUCAAUAUUGAAUUUACAUUUAAGGAAUGUCCAAGCUUCAUGAAAAACCUACCGACAGAAGAGUUAAUGUUACCGUUUGGUAAAUCCGUUGAAGCAUACAAGUAAAUAAUUUACUUUAUUACCAUUAAAUUAAAAACAGCAUAAUCCUACUUAAUAGCGAACGAUCACCAUCACCGGGCAUCAGCAAUGUCAGAAGCACAGCCAAGUUACCAACAUUGUUCACUCGUUUGAAAGACACGUCAUAGAACUCAAGAAGCCGAAGUGUCCGUGAAGAGAACGCUCUCGUAAAUACUGUAAUAACGCUCACGAUACAGUCCGGUGGCGGAAGAUGCAACUGUAUAAAAUAUGAAAUCAUCUUAAAUGCUCAAUUCCUUAGAGCAGAGCUCACGACCAUGCGGCCGAUGACUUUAAUGUAAGGCGUUGUAAUAUGAGCAUUAGCAAACUAUGUUUUGGAAAUUAUAUUUAUUAAAUUAAAUAUAGAGGAAUUUUGUAUA